AUGAGCGAGGUGACGCGGCGACCUGCGCCGAGUCAGGGCGAUGAGAGGUCGAAACCGCCCGCACCGUCGGUCGAGGCUGCUGUGGAGCCCCGGCCCAUGUCCUCUCCGUUCCUGUGCAUGAUUCAAGGCAUCCUUCAUUCUCUCAACUUUGCCAUCGUCCUGCGCGUCCUGAUUGGGAGCCCAGCCUGCCGUGCCAAUGUCUGGAACUGCAUCUUGUUAAAUGGUUGUCUCUUCCUGGGCUCUCUGGGUCUCUACCAUUUCUGUACCUGGCCACUGAUUCAAUACAUUCUUUAUCCAGUACCUUCAGAUGACUUGGAUGCGAGCGAGGAACAGCCCAUCCCCCCAUGGCCAGCUGCCGAGUUUUUCCUCUUUGGCAUGUUUCAAAUUUUAUGGGUAGUGCCCAUGUUCAUCUUGACCAAAGUGCUCAACGCCAUUUAUUGCCAGGUACGCCAACGUUACGAUAGCUUGAAGAACAAGGUCCUGAUCGACCUUUACGCCAGCGUGCUCAAUUGGAUGGGCAUGGUGCUGGCUGAUCUGACGUUUAGCACAACCAUGCAACUGCUUAUGCUGCUUCAAGCCUCAGCCAUGGCCUUUAUUCCAACCAUAGGACCCGUUCUAUGUUUUAUAUACACGUGUUGGAUCACGAGUCUGUAUUGCUUUGAGUACUCCUGGAUCAGCGCCGGCUGGUCGCUGCAGAAGCGUGUCACCUACUUUGAAGAGCACUGGGCUUACUUUCUCGGCUUUGGGCUGGCCUACACGACCGCGACCUAUUUCCUAAGCUUUCUCGUGUCCACAGGCACCUUCGCUUUGCUGUUUCCCUUCCUCCUCAUCAUUGCCACCAGUGCAGAGCCGACCGCCCACGACGACACAACCACCAUUGCCAUCCUACUUCCAGGCCGGAUCGCCAUUUGCUGGCCUACGCGACCCCUGACCCACCGAGUCUUGCUGCGCCUCAUUCCCUCCAAACGGAUCAAGCAACAAAUGGCCCACAUUUAA